CCAUCUAUUAAGCUUAGCUCAUAAUGGCUUCUUUUGCUACUCUUUUCUCCUUUCUCACAAUAGCCCUUCUCUCAUUUUCUUGCUCAUCACAAUUCAUCUUACCAAUUGAAAAAGAUCCAUUAACAAAUCUCUUUUCAACUUCACUUGGAAUAGGAACACCUCAACACAAUUUCAAUCUAGUCAUUGAUCUUGGAGGACCAAUCCUAUGGUAUGAUUGCAACAAAAGUUACAACUCUUCAACCUACACUCCUCUCUCUUGUGACUCCAAUCUUUGUACUAAUGAUGCUGGUUGCACUAGCUGUGAUGGCCCUUUGAAACCAGGUUGCACAAACAAUACAUGUGGUGCAAACAUAAUCAACUCAUUAGUUAAUGCUAUAUUUUCAGGUGACACUGGCAAUGAUGUUUUGUUCAUAUCAAACACUAAAGUCUCAGGUUUUCUUUCUGGUUGCACUGACUCAGAUGCAUUUUCUGAUGAUUUUCCUCUUAAAAACUUACCAAAAACUAGUAAAGGUAUCUUAGGCCUUGCAAGAACACAACUUUCAUUAACAAAACAACUUUCAUUGUCUUCUAAUAAACUUCCUAACAAGUUUGCUCUUUGUUUACCAAGUUCUUCUAAACAUGGUAGUCUUUUCAUUGGUGGUGUACCUCAAAAAAGUUCUUUUUCAAAGCUUCAACUCACUACUAUUCCUCUUAUUAUCAACCCCUUUAGCACUGCUCCAAUAUUUACUGAAGGUGAUGCUUCUUAUGAAUAUUUUAUAGAUGUAAAAUCAAUUAAAAUUGGUGGUGAAGUACUUAACUUUAAGUCUUCACUUUUGUCCAUUGACAAUAAGGGUAAUGGUGGAACAAAAUUUAGCACCUUGAGUAACUUCACUGUGUUACAUAGUUCAAUAUUUAAACCACUUGUUAGAGAUUUUGGUAAGAAAGCUUCUGAUAAAAAAAUAAAGAAAGUGGCAUCAGUGGCACCAUUUGAAGCAUGUUUUGAUUUAAGCACUAUUGGUAGGACUAAUACUGGAUUGGAUGUGCCUAUAAUUGAUUUGGUGUUGGAAGGGGGUGUGGAAUGGACAAUUUUUGGAGGAAAUUCAAUAGUGUUGGUGAAUAAAAAUGUGGCAUGUCUUGGAUUUGUGGAUGGUGGUAAAGAGCCAAGAACAGCAGUUGUUAUUGGUGGGAACCUAUUGGAGGACAAUCUUUUGGAGUUUGAUUUAGUUUCUUCUAAAUUAGGAUUCAGUUCUUCCCUUCUCCUUCAGAAUGCAAGAUGUUCCAAUUCAGAAGGUAAUGGAAAUCUCAUUUCAAUUGAGUGAGAUUUUGAUGAGUUUAAAUAACUUUUGUUCUUUCCCUUUCAACUUAGUAAGAUGGUGAUUUGUAACUUUUGUCCUUUUCCUUUCUCUUUAUGAUUGUAACUUAUGUAUUGUUGACUAAGAAUCAAUGAAGUGCAUGCAUUUUGUUUUA